AUGGAUACAUUAUUUCUAUCUGUGGUUCUAUCGUAUUACAGGAUAAACCACAAUCAGGAUGCUCAUAAUGGUUUGCUGAACCUUGUAAUCACACCAUCAACAUCAAUGUUUGAUAUGGAAUGGUCUGGUGACGGUGAUAAUACCGACCAGAGUACAACAUCAUCACCACCGAGACGUGGUGCUGAGGCACAUUCAACGGUGGUAGCAAGAUUACCAGCACCCUUGGAUGCAGGUGAUUCACCCGGUGAUUCUGAAGAUGAUGAACUAAUGUCCGAUGAUUUCUCAAUACCUGAUAGUGAUGACGACUCAUCAUCUACGCAACAACAACGCAGUACAUCAAACAAUAAUCAACGAUUUCAUCAACAACGUGGAGGGAAUAUUCAACAAUCAUCUACAUCAAGCAAUUCAAUCACUUCAACUUCUUCUAGUUUAUCAACAGUAACAUCAUCUUCAGCGAUUGUAACAUCACCACGUGGUACAAAUAAUAGUGGGAAUAGUGGUAAUGGGACAGGUGGAGUUGUAGUACGAAAAAUUUUUACUAAUACUCGUGAAAGGUGGCGUCAACAAAAUGUGAGUGGUGCGUUUGCGGAAUUACGAAAAUUGGUUCCAACUCAUCCACCAGAUAAGAAAUUAUCGAAAAAUGAAAUACUCAGAAUGGCUAUCAGAUACAUCAAAUUAUUAAGCAACGUUUUGGAAUGGCAACAAAAACAUACAACAGACAAAAAUAAUAUUCACAUCAAAUGCGAAUCCAAUAUCAUAAUCGAAAAUAGUCACACCUCAUUAAUUCGACUACCAAUUCAAACGAUGACAUUACCACCACAGCAACGAUUAACAUCCCUUCCAGGAGGUUUACCUCGUGGUGGAAAUACAAGUCGUAUAUCAUUAACAGCCCGCCGUAAUAAUAUUAACUCUAAACAAGAAUUUGUACAAAUGUUAUCAACUACCACACAUCAAUUUACAUCAACAUCAUCUUCAGCGGUUACAUGCUCUGGUGAUCGAAAUAGUAAUAAUUUAUUAAUGAUAGCACCGAAAAUUACUACAACAACAACAACUACUACAAAAAAUUACGAAAUUAAUCGAAAGAUUAAAAUUGAAAAUGAGGAUAACAUUGGAAUGGAAGAACAGCGAAAGCUCAAUGUUUUGGAUGGUACUGCGGAUGAUCGAAGUAAAAUUAGUACGGAAAAUUUUUGUAAACGACGUAAAAUUCAAUGUCUAAAUGAUCAUGAACAUGAUAAGAAAGCUUUUAAGUAAUCUGAUAAAAUUGAUUCAUAAAUAAUUUUCCGUUUAUAAAUUACUUUGACAUCCAUUUUCUUUUCACAAAUAAUCCUCUCAAGAUGAAUCGUGAUUUUUGUGGUAAAACUAUAUGCCUGUACUUAUGCUAAAGAAGCGAGCUACGACCGAUUCUAAGAGGUAAAAUAGCUGCACAGGAACUUCCUAGAAUUUUACUCUCUAUAGUCUAUAUCAAUCUGCCCUUUUUAAUGCGAUCCUUUUGGGGAUCACUGCAUAUAAUAAACGUUAUUUUUCCUUCAAAUCUCAUUAUCUCAUUUAAUUAAAAAGUACCUAAGAGAUAAUUUCGAUUAUUUGCAAUGAACUAAAAUGAGGGCAUAU